CUUGCCUUUUUCUGCACCCACAAUCCAAAAUCAAAACCUUCUCUCUCCUCACCUUAAAUAUUUAUAUAUAUAUAUAUAUAUAUAUAUAUAUAUAUAUAAUAUAAUUGCGUUUGCUUGCUCAUCACAACGCCAAAAGAGAGAGAACGAAAAGGCGAUCAUUGUGGAAAGUAAGAGAUAAGAGAAGAAGAACAAGCAGAAGCUCCCUGACUUUUCGAAUUUCUUCUUAAAGUACUUAAAUUUAAGUUCAAAGUAUUACCUUUAUUGACUGUGGCGAGGAUCUGGAGAAUGGUGGUGGCUGCGGGCGCUAAGUUUAAUUUGAGAAGAGGUAAUAGUUCUUCUCAUAAUGGUAUCAACGGUUAUAGCGGUGAUGCAGAACUUUCCAGAAUUAGCAGGGGUGGCCGUUUCACACCAGUGACAGAGGUGGAGAGAGACCCUUCUUGCGUUUCAUUCACCACUUUCAACAUUCUGGCUCCGAUUUACAAACGGAUGGAUCCACAGAACCAAGGCCUACGUGAAAGUAACUGCAGAUCAUUGUGGUUGCCGAGGAAUGAGAUGAUUCUCGAUUGCUUGCUUUCUGAAUCAUCUUCCAUUAUGUGUCUCCAGGAAUUCUGGGUUGGAAAUGAAGAGCUUGUUCACAUGUAUGAGGAGAGACUUGGAGAUGCCGGCUACAAUCUCUUCAAGCUUGGUCGAACCAACAACCGUGGAGAUGGUCUAUUGACUGCUAUACAUAAAGAAUGUCUAAGAGUUUUGGAUUAUCGAGAGUUGCUUUUCAACGAUUGUGGCGAUCGUGUUGCUCAAUUGCUACACGUUCAGUCAGUUUCCCCCUCACAAAACCAAAAAGGAGGUGUUCCCCAAGAGUUUCUGAUUGUGAACACCCACUUGUUAUUUCCUCACGAUUCAAGUCUUUGUUUAGUGAGAUUGAAUCAGGUUUACCAAAUAUUGCAGUAUGUGGAAUUGUAUCAGAGAGAAAACAGGCUCAAACCCAUGCCUAUCAUACUCUGUGGAGACUGGAAUGGCAGCAAACGUGGGCAUGUUUACAAGUUCCUUAGGUCACAGGGGUUUGUAUCAUCGUAUGAUAUUGCUAAUGAAUACAGUGACAGUUAUGCAGAUGCUCACAAGUGGGUUAGUCACCGAAAUCAUAGAGGAAAUAUCUGUGGUGUUGACUUCAUUUGGCUUUGCAAUCCCAAUCAAGCACGUAAACCUUUGAAGACCAGUUGGGCUGAAGCUGUAUUUAGUAUACUAAAAUUCCAGUUGCGAAAAGGAUCAGAAAAUGAUGCAUUUGCCUUUCUGAAGGGUGACAACUAUGCUGAUUCUGUGACAUAUUUUAGUUUCUCCGAAGCACUUCGUCAGGUAAAGUUAAUUGGUGUGCCUUAUGGACUAUGCUUUCAACAAUUACAAGAUCUGUGGAAUCAUGCAGACGUGGAUGGAAAUGGUGUCAUCGACUUUGAAGAGUUCAAGCAGAAGAUUUGGAAUUCAGCAUGUCCAAAUCAUGUGUUAGAAAGUGUGAAAGGGUGCAUGGAAGAUGGUAACACAGAAUUGGAGCAGCAAGAAGCCAUUGGUUUUAUGAUAAAGAAUGCAAUGCUGUAUCCGCGUGAAGUGGAGAAAGGACUAUGGCCAGAAGAUUAUUCUCUCUCUGAUCAUGCUAGACUCACAGCUGUGUUUUCACCAGCAAGGAUGAGAUGUUCUGCCACACAAAACUGAACCUACCUGGCUCCUUCAUGCCACUAUUAGUAUUUAGGCCUCUUAGAAUUCACCAAAAAAAAGUUGUGAAAUACAAUGUCAAUCUCUGGGUAUAUUUCAGUCCAUUCUGGAUAGAAAUAUACCCAGAAGUACAAAAGUUAUAUCUAUGGAAAAUUUUUCAAUUUUGGGACAAGUUUGAUGUAGGGGUAAACAAAAGUGAUGUUUUUUUCACUUUCAAUUUUAGUCCUUGCCAAACAUGUCCUACCAUUAGUUAUUAAUCUGUCAUGUAUAUGAAGGUGUGGAGUCAAGUUAGUGUAUGGUGUAACAAGUUUUGGAAAGCCCUGGCCAUGCUUUUUUCUGGUAAUGGGAUAGCAAUGUAAAGAUAUUUUUGCAAUGUAGAAAUGGAUGUGCAUAUAUAUUUAUAUUAUC